UGUGUGUGUUAGAGAGAGAGAGAGACAGAGAAAUUUGUGUAUUUAAGGUCGUGCUGCUUCUUGCAUUGCUGCUUUUCUCUCCACUCCCUGCUCAGACGUGCUUUGUCCCACCACCAACUCACUUCCCAAGUAUGCUCCCCUUCCAGGCAGCACCAGGUCAGUUCAGCCCAGAGGUCCGCCAACAAGGCCUGUGGGUAUGGAGGGUAGAAAAGAUGAAGGCGGUGCCGCUACAGCCCUCUGAAGUGGGAGCUUUCUAUAACGGCGACUCCUAUUUGGUGCGUAACCGUGGGGAAGAUGGAGCUGACCUUCACAUGUGGAUAGGUGAGAAGUCAUCUCGAGAUGAGCAGGUAGCCUGUGCCAUGCUGGCCACCCAGCUGGAUAAUUUUCUGGGCGGAGACCCCGUUCAGCACAGGCACGUUCAGGGCUUCGAGACCCCUGAGUUCAUGGAGCUCUUCCCCAGAGGGGUCAGCUACAAGGAGGGUGGUGUGGAGUCAGGCUUCAGGAGGCCUCAGGGCUCGGGCACGGUGCAGAGAUUGUACCAGAUCAAAGGAAAGCGCAACAUCCGUGCCAAGGAGGUGGAGCUGUCUUGGAGCAGCUUCAACAAGGGAGACUGCUUCAUCCUUGACCUCGGAGAGACCAUUGUGUCGUGGAUCGGCUCGCAGGCCAACAUCUUUGAGAAGCAAAAAGUGCGUGAGAUCGCCUCGCUGAUCCGAGACACAGACAGACACGGUAAAGCUCGCAUUGUGGAUGCCAACGAGGGGGAAGAGCCGGAGGAGAUGCUCAAAGUCUUAGGAAAGAUUCCACCCCUGCCAGAGAGCACUCCAGAAGAGGACAGCCAAGCAGACGCCUCCAACAUAGCCUGCCUCUACAAGGUGUCUGAUGCCACCGGUUCCAUGACGACGACCAAAGUGUCCGAUAAGAGCCCAUUUGCCAAGGAUCUGCUGGUUCGUGACGACUGCUUCAUCCUAGACAACGGCGCCAACGGAAAGAUCUUCGUCUGGAAAGGUAACGGAGCGAAUGCUGAGGAGAAGAGGGCGGCCCUGCAGAUGGCAGACAAAUUCAUCAAGCAAAUGAACUACCCUAGCAUGAAAACACAGGUGGAAAUCCUGCCACAGGGGAAGGAGACCAUCAUCUUCAAGCAGUUCUUUGCAAAGUGGAACUAAGCAUUUCCCGGGAAAUCCUGCAAAAUCCUGCACAUCGGGAUGAGGCUGCGCAUCUCCAAACAGAGAGCACCUGUUACAAAAUUUUUUUAUAUAUAUACUGACUUGUAUGUAAAUACUUGUGAGGCUGACCGUAUGCUGCAGCUUGCUUUGGACUUUGAUAGAAUCAGACAUGUGAUGCCACUUUUAUAAAACCAAUAAGGAUAGAAAGAGAAACAUUAAACAUAACUCAAGUAAAUGAGAUGUGCAUUUUUUUUUUUUUUUUUUAAAUUUGUCCAAUAGUGUCACAGAUUUGCCUGCAUUUGAAAAAUAAAUCUGAAACUCUGGCUCCUA